UUGGAUGUUUUGAGGACCAAAGUGAGCUGUCUCGACAAAUUUGAGGGCCAUACGUGCACUUCACCUGAGAACGAACGUGCUAGGGAUUUGAGUGGAAUACCUUUUUUUUAUUGAAACGGAGGCAAAGAUUGCCUCCUCAUCAUCAAGCUUCCCAAAUCUAUCAAUUAAGCAGAACAGAAUUGCGGAGCGAAAACCGGAACAACCAGAUUUGAUCAUCGCGUUCUAGGAGAGCAGAGCGGGCUGAGGGAUUCGGAUCACACAACCACACAACCACCGCGAUCUCCAAUCAAAUCCAAUGGUGCUGGUCUUGGCGCUGGGCGAUCUGCACAUCCCGCACCGUGCGCCCGACCUGCCCGCCAAGUUCAAGUCCAUGCUCGUCCCGGGCAAGAUCCAGCACAUCAUCUGCACCGGGAACCUCUGCAUCAAGGAAGUUCACGACUACCUUAAAAGCCUUUGUCCUGAUCUCCACAUUACCAGAGGUGAAUAUGAUGAGGAUGCUCGUUACCCAGAGACUAAAACAGUUACUAUUGGCCAGUUCAAGCUAGGGCUAUGCCAUGGCCAUCAGGUUGUUCCAUGGGGCGACCUGGACUCCCUAGCGAUGCUUCAGCGGCAGCUGGAUGUGGACAUCCUCGUCACCGGGCACACCCAUCAGUUCAAGGCCUACAAGCACGAGGGGGGUGUCGUCAUCAACCCUGGCUCAGCCACGGGCGCCCACAGCAGCAUCACAUAUGACGUCAACCCGAGCUUCGUGCUCAUGGACAUUGAUGGCCUCCGUGUUGUUGUCUACGUGUACGAGCUCAUUGACGGCGAGGUGAAGGUUGACAAGAUCGACUUCAAGAAGACCGCCACGAUGCAUGGCUGAUGGCGCUUUCCACAUGACAGAAAUCCGAUCCUGUUUGUUCUUAUUUUUGCGCCCCCACCUUCCAGAGCUCUUUUGUUUUGUUUCCCGUACUAGUUGUACCCUCCUGCUCGAUAUGGAAAACCAGAGCUGUGUUUACAUAUUAAUGAAUGUGAUUACUCA